CUCAGGAUGUUGUCCACCAAAAUCCUGGACGGGCAAAAACUUUGCAAAUUAUGCCUCUGGUCAAGUUCAUUUAGAGAUUCUUCAGGAUGUCUACUAUGAUCACGGUAUGAUGACAGUUUACCAAAAUCUGACUGCUACUGACGGGACGCUAACAAAACAAAAAAUAUACCUUAACUAUCAAACGGGUAUCCAAUAUGUAGUGACUGGAGACGGAAGAUGUGAUAAUUCUAGUAUAUUUUUUACUGGGGUAGGAGAAGAUUGUAUUCCAGAGAAUGCAACAGUUUCUAAAUCCUACAUUGGUGUUGGAGCAAAAAAGAUACCCACCACUAUGUACCGGAUGAAUGGCAAUGGGUUCUUGACAUACCUUUCUGUAAUAGACGAUGGAUGUAUACCACUUAUGUACGAAACUACUGGAACACUGCCGAGUGGAGAUGGCCUUAAAUUGACUGUAGAGUAUUUUGGAAUUAUGGUUGUAAAGCCAGAUGCAAAGAUAAUGAAAAUGCCAGCGAUAUGUAUGAUGUAG